UUGGUUUGCUGCGUUGGCGACGUCCCAUGAUGCCCGCGCGGGCAUGCGCAGUGGGGCUUGUCUGUUCGUCGCGGUACGGGUAAUGGCGGCGGUGGAACGAUGGCAUUUCACACCACAACAACUCCUGGACACUCCUACACGCAAGUGUGGUGUAGACGCCGACAAAGAACUUUCCUACAGACAACAGGCUGCUAACUUGAUCCAGGACAUGGGACAACGCCUCACCGUUAACCAACUAUGUAUCAACACUGCCAUUGUAUAUAUGCAUCGGUUUUACAUGUAUCAUUCCUUCACCAAGUUCCACAGAAAUGCCCUGGCUGCUGCAUGCUUGUUCCUGGCUGCCAAAGUGGAAGAACAGCCUCGCAAACUGGAGCAUGUGAUCCGCGUGGCCCAUGUCUGCCUGCACAGGGACUCCCCCAACCUGGACACGAAAAGCGAGACAUAUCUUCAACAAGCACAAGAUUUAGUCAUCAAUGAGAGUAUACUGUUGCAAACUUUAGGCUUUGAGGUUGCCAUAGACCAUCCCCACACACAUGUGGUCAAAACUACCCAACUUAUUCGAGGUUUUCAGAACAUGAGGCAGAAAGGCCAGGAGGGGUCCAAGUCUUGUCUUACACACGGUGAUGCCCCCAAGGAUUUGGCGCAGACCGCAUAUUUCAUGGCGACCAACAGUCUGCACCUGACGGCCUUCAGCCUACAGUACAAGCCGACCGUGGUGGCCUGCAUGUGUAUCCACCUCGCCUGCAAGUGGGCCAGUUGGGAGAUCCCGCGGUCAAAUGAUGGGAAGUACUGGUGGGAGUAUGUUGACCCCAAUGUUACGCUGGACCUACUUGACAGUCUCACCACAGAAUUUCUGCAUAUUAUGGACAAGACCCCCAGUCGACUGAAGAGGAAAAUAAGCAAUUACAAAAUGGCUGGUGACUCCCCAAUGUCCUCCAUCUUUAAUGCUGCUCACACCUCAGGAAAAAUGAGGCCAAAGCCAGAGGCCACAUCCACUGUUUCCACGGCAACUGCCUCUGGUAGUUCUGCCACUACGGGCCAGCCCCAGCCUGGAUCCUCCUCCAACUAUUCAGCCCCUACAGAAUACACCAACCAUGACAGGCAAGGGAAGGAUGGCUCACACCACAAGGCAGGCAUGCAGGCAGCCAGUUCCACUUCUGUAAAUACUUCCACCAGCGUGGAUCUGAAAUCCCACCCCGACCUCCCCACCCUGCCUCCGCUGGUCCCCCCGGCAACCAAGUCCCCGCCCAAGCUCUUCAUCAACCAGGACGCCCUGCGGAAAAUGGAGGAGAAGAGGGAAGGCACGCCGACUGGCCACGGCACCCACCACUCACAGCGUCCCAGCACACACAGAGACAAGUACGGCAGGCCUGUACCGUCCAAAUCAGACAGAGGUGAGAGAGAGCACGGCAUGGCUGGUGCAGCGAAACAUCACCCCGGUCAGAUGAACGCCCACAGGGAGAGACACCACCACCACGGGCACCAUCCUGCGUCCCACAAAGACCAGCAGAGGCACCAUGAGAAGGUCCCGGCUCCGGGGCACGAGAAAACGUCCACCGUGCACCACCACCCGAGAGAGAAGGUGCCGCCCAACAGUAAGGACAAGCAUCGGCACGAGCACCACCACCACAGGCACUCUGCCGGCGCCGCCUCCUCCAGACACCAUUCCCGCGCCACCCAGCCAUCUCAGGGCAGCCUGCCACACCCACACAAACACCAGGGGCCGGGCGACGCCACCGACCCCAAGUCCAGGAAGCGGGCGCACGCGGGCAGCCCCGACAUGGCCCUGCUCCACGGUGCAGCAAGGAUGGCCGCAGACGGAGGCGUGGCGCUCAUGCACCCCUCCCCUGCCAAAAAGCACCAGCGGGAUCACCCCUCACAGCUCCAGGCGCCUGCCCCGGGGUCGCUGGAGAGCUCCAGCCUGCUCAAGUUGCCGAUGCCCCCUCCCGCCCCCUCCAGCCAGAACCCCCCUCAGCCCCCUCCCCCCAAGCCUCAGUCAGCAAGUGCAAUACAGUCCAAGUACCAGGAUACUGGGCUGGCCACGGAAAACGGAAAGGAGGGCGAUGACAUGGACAUUGUGACUGACGAAAACUCAGGCGACGACCCCCUUCUCCAGUUAUUGGGCCAAACUUCCGACCAAUCCAUGUCCGGGCAUUCUUUCUUCCAGGACCCCACGUUGGGAGAGUACCCCCUGUUUGGUAUGUCAGGCAUGGAUGUCUUUGGAAUGUCCACUAUGUCAUAUCCUACCUUACCCCAACCCCCCCUCCCUCAACAUCCCCCACCCCCUCCCAACGAACCCCCACCCCCUCCUCCCCCACCCCCAGAGUAAACGGUGCUGUUUAUAUCUUCUUUACGAAAAUACAAAAAAUACAUAUUAGAAGCAAGUAUUGCAAUCUGUCAGUGUGGAUAAGUCCUAUCUAUAGUAUCUUUUGUUACCUGUACAUAUUAUUGCUUGUAAUAGACAAAAAGCACAAUACAGACAUGAGUUGUCUAACAAAAAAGAUGACUGUACAUUACUUUUGUAUUUGUUGUAAAACUGCAAAUUUAGGACUAGAUGACUCUCGGAGAAUCUUGUACUGUAGUUGCCAUGUGUGCGUGAGCCAAGACAAGCUGUUCCUUGGUCGGCACAACUUUUCUCUCCAACGGGUUUCCUAACUGUUCUAAAUUAAAGCGAGCUGUAAAAUGCUUUGGUAGAAUUCUCUGGGACAUGGAAGACCGAAUAUUGCUUCCUCAAGCACUAAGUAUUAAGUUUUACGUAGGUCUGAAGUCCAUUGUAACUAAGGCAUGCCGUGUGCUUUGCUGUAGGGUCUCAAUUGUGCAAAAUGAUUUACUUGUUCCUUUUGAUGAAUGUAAGCUAAUUUAUUGAUAUCCAACAUAAUCUUAUAAGACCGUAUGUGUUGUACUGGCAAGACAAGGUGUUGAAGUGCACAUUUUAAGAGAAACGUGGAAAAAAAUGAGAAGAUACAUUUUGUACCAAGAUUAUACUAGUGUUUUGCUUUAAAAAAAAAACUGCAGCCCUUGUGAGUUUAUUAUAAUACUUAAGCAGACGGAGGGAUUGUUGUUGUAUGGACCAAUAGCAAUUAGGCUGCUUGUAUGUAUUACUGGAUAGGUCCUGUACGUAAGAGCACUGUUCUAGGUGCACAAGUAAACUGACUCAGGAGUAAGUACUGUUAGCGUUAUUAGCGGAAACUUAGCCGUCACCCGAGUAGCACAAAGACAUAGAACGAAGAUCUUGAGAAGAACAACAGAUGAAAGCAAAUACAAGAAAGAGCAUAUUGUAAAUUUUAUUUCAUACCUUUACAUCUUUGUUUAUUGAUAAAAGCAUGACAAGGUAUAAGAGCUGACAUUUUGUACUUGUUUUUUUGAUCACAAGAAAUGCCUUUUUUUAGAUAGUGGGACAAUAAACCUUUAAAUGUUG